AACUUCGCUUGCCCCAUUCUCGUGAGCGCACGGCAGAGAGACUGAAGACGUGACAACACCAAUACUCCAAUAAUCUUAGCACGCACACAACUACAAUCUAUAUAAAUACUGCAUUCUAACUAAUAAAAAAGCCAAUGCUACUAUUACAAGCUAUAUUUAAAAUAUUCAUAAAUUCUAAAUAAUCCAUAAACUUUAAAAUUAUGAGUGAAAAGUUGCCACCAGGUACACUAUGCGCAGUCUGUGACGACAUUGCAACUGGCAAACAUUACAGCGUUGCUUCAUGCAAUGGAUGCAAAACUUUUUUUCGUCGGGCUCUUGUGAAUAACCGAGAAUUCGUGUGUCAAGGGAAUAAAGAUUGUCCAGUUAACAAAGGAGUUCGAUGCGCGUGUCGUUAUUGUCGACUUCAAAAAUGUUUGGCCGUUGGAAUGGAUAAGAAUUCAAUUCAAAACGACCGUGAUAGAAUUGGAUACACAAAACGAAAAAGAAGACAUGAUGACAAUGAUAUGGAAGGAGGUGUUCAUCAUUCAGAACAUAUCAGAGAUGGAUCUUCAGGAAGUCCACAAAUGAAUGAUGAGAGCCCCGAGAGUAUGGAUAUGAAGGAUAUUAAAAUUGAUUUGAAUUGUCUGGAUCCAAUUGCUGAUAGGCUUACAACGUUGGAAAAUAACUUCACACUACUUUUGAGUAGAUGCGCCGAUUUGCAUUCCUAUGCAACGUUAGAAGAUGCUCUCAAUGCUCCAAGUCGAUUUAUGCAACCUAUUUCUUGUGAAUGGUCAGACAAUGUAGUUCUCACAAAUCGAGAUGAUAAAUUGCCAUUCUGGAGGCAACGUUUGAUAGCUCUAUACAUAGAUUGGGCGAAGACAUUUUCCACUUUUAGAUCCCUACCGUACGCUGACAAAGUUGCCAUGGUAACUAAUCAUGCAUCUUCUUUCAUGAUCAUGUGUGAAGCUUUCCGCACUCCAGAGCACAUGAAAUCGGAUGUUGUUCGUAAGAGACCGGAUCUUCCAAAUAUCGUGACAUCAAACUCCGGAUCCGGAUGUAGCAGGGUUUCAUCGGUGGCUGGAAGCUUAGUGAGCAAUGGGGAAGAUGUACACGAUGAUUUGACAAACUUGCUUCAUGCGGCAUGUAUCCAGCAGUCUAUCAACAAAGGGAUCAUGUUUGGAGAGAAUUCUUCUGAUGAUAAAAUACUUUUGAAUCUUCCAAUUCGAGAAAUAAAGAAAGAACCACUAGAAGUUCCAUCGACAGAAGGAAUGAUUCAACUUCCAACUGAAUAUGGCAACCUUCCAGCAGACUAUGCUUCGUGGAUCCCUCAAGAUUACGGUCAUCCAACAGCUGGACACGAAGGAAAAUCAGAUAUGCACAAUUUCUUUGAAGCUCGAGACUUUUGUGUGGGUCGUCCAUCCUCCUGCAACUUGAAUGAACGAUCUAUGAAAACUGUUUCAAUGUUGGAAUCGAGAAACUUUCAGUCUCCAAGUGCAAACAAUUCGAGUCUUUCUGGAAUAACACCAGUCCUCACAAUGAUGAUCGAUCUUGUAAUGAAACCAUUCCGCCAGUUGAACUUCUCCACGACAGAAUUCGCUCUACUUCAAGCAAUCAUGUUCUUCGAUCCAGACACCGAAGGACUCGAUUCGGCAUCACAAAGAAAUGUUGUAGCAGAACAGAAGAAACUACUUGCAGUGCUCUUUCGUCAUUUGCAAAAGGCUUAUAAUCCGCAAGCGGCAAGCGAGAGAUACGCUUCAAUUAUUCUUCGAAUGCCAUCGAUUCGGAGAGCCGCUGCAAAAAAGAAUGAAUCAUUGCAAGUGCUGGAUAUGCUUCAAAUGCAUGAAAUUAAUUCUCUAGUGAAGGAAACAUCGCUCGGUCCGAGACCUUCAAAUGUUCAACAACGAAUGGGAAUUGGUGGUGGUGCAGGAGGAUGUCUCACGUUUCCAUCUCAAGAGGAUUGAGGAUUGAGGAUUAACUUCAAAUCAUUGAAUCUACAUAUUUUUUGAUCUCAUUAAUAUCAUACUCAGGAUUCCAUCAGUAUAAAUUGCCUAGAUAAAACCAAAUAAAGAAUGUUUAUUGAUA